AUGACCAACGUUUCCGGGGAGUCGGACCCCGUAUCAGCAACUGGGCUGGGCCCUGAACGUGUAUUCUAUCGUCCAGAUCGGAGUAUGUACGUUACACGUACGAAAGCGAUCAAUGAAAAAGAUAUGGCUGCUAUGACAGCCGGUUGGCCACUAUCAGCCACGGAUGGUGAACUGGGUUCAACACUUGAUGGCGAGUUCGCCUGGCAGAAAAAAUGGUAUUUACGUUUUGUCCCUCCUAAAAGUGCAGAAGAAUUACAAAUAGGGCAAUAUUGGCGUUAUGAUGGCCCUCGCCUUGAGAAUUUUAUCACAAAUACACCGGAAAAACCUACAGCAGAAGAGGAGAUGCUGACACCAACACCUAUCGCAGGGCUGAAGAGCAUGGCCACGAAGAUAUUAUCUGGCAUACCCCAAGAGACGCUUGCCGCAAAUUCGUAUCGUACAGCAUGUGAAAGCAAGAGUUCUGUCGCUGCUCGAGAGAAAGCUGGUAGCACGGUAUCAUCGCAACUAAAGAUGCCCGAGAGCCAAGGUGGGACUAAACGUUCGAUCCUUGCGGCUUACACUAUUGAAAAGAACAAAGCAGCAAAGAAAAACAAGACAUAA